GUGGUCUUAAAUCUUCAAAGUUUCUUAAUUUACUUUGCAACAAAGCAAAGGAUCAUUUUCCUCUAGAGACUCAUUUCACUGAAGGCUCGCUCGCUUCUCCUUCUCUGUUCUGUAACAGAGUGACCCAGAAAAGCUAUAGCAGAGUUCACUGUAGUUUAUAGCCUUUACCAGUCACCAUGUCUCUGUCCACGAGGUUGAGACGUCCUCAGCCGUCUGAUCCUUUUGCAUCAUCAUCAUCACCAUCUUCAUCUUAUUCAAAAGUCGAUAAGCAAGGGAAAUCGGGUGACGCCGAUGGGUUUGACAAAGGGUUUCGUUGGUUCUUUCCCUUGGUCGCUUUGGGAAUGCUAAGGUACAUGAGCGCUACAUCAAACAUCAUACACGACUGUGACGAGGUCUUCAACUAUUGGGAACCUCUGCAUUACCUUCUCUACAAAUCUGGGUUCCAAACUUGGGAAUACAGUUCUCAGUUUGCACUUCGGUCAUAUUUAUACAUUCUUUUCCAUGAAUUGGUGGGUCGACCGGCUUCCUGGUUGUAUGCUGAGGAAAAAGUGAGAGUAUUCUAUGCUGUUAGACUCUUUCUUGCUUUCCUUUCUGUUAUCACUGACACUGUUCUGGUAGUUGCUCUUUCAAGAAAGUACGGGAAACGCCUUGCUUCUUACACGCUUGCAAUGCUAUGCUUAACCAGCGGUUGUUUUUUUGCAAGCACAAGUUUUUUGCCCAGUUCGUUCUCUAUGUAUGCCAUGUCUCUUUCAUCAGGGUUAUUUCUUCUUGAUAAACCUGCCAUGGCAGUUACAGUUGCAGCCGUAGGCGUAAUCCUUGGCUGGCCAUUCUCAAUUUUGGCUUUUUUGCCUGUCACAUUUUACUCUCUAGCUAGAAGAUUCAAACAAGCUUUUCUUGCCGGAGCAGCCACCUCUGUUGCUCUUCUUGUAUUGUCGGUUCUCGUUGAUCACUACUACUACAACAAAUGGACAUCAUCUGUGUUAAAUUUGUUGAUCUAUAACGUUGCAGGAGGUGGUGAGAGCCACUUGUACGGAACUGAGGGGCCACUAUUUUAUAUUAGGAAUGGAUUUAACAAUUUUAACUUUUGUUUCGUACUUGCAUUGCUUUUUCUGGCAAUACUGCCGAUUGCAAGGAAAAAGUAUGCACCCAGCUUGCUCAUUGUUGUCUCGCCUAUAUAUAUUUGGUUGGUGUUCAUGUCUUUGCAACCACACAAAGAAGAGAGGUUCCUUUAUCCAAUAUAUCCACUAAUUUGCGUUGCUGCUUCGGCUGUCAUAGAGAGCUUUCCUGAUGUUUUCCGAUCUGAUUAUGAUUCCCAAGGCAAUUCUCCGAUGGUUAUGACGGCAAAGAUUCUAAGACCGGUGGUUCUUGGCCUCAUAUUAUGUGCCUCCCAUGCUCGUACGUUUUCAGUGAUCAAUGGCUAUUCUGCCCCUUUAGAGGUUUACAAGCUUUUAGAAGAUCAUGACAAUGCAGGAACAGGCUCUGUUCUCUGUGUUGGAAGUGAAUGGCACCGUUUCCCGUCGUCCUUUUUUGUUCCUGAUUAUGUUGGAGAAGUUCGUUGGAUUGAUGAUGGGUUCCGGGGACUUCUUCCCUUCCCAUUUAAUUCUACCUUGGGUGGAACUGCAUCAGCCCCACCGUAUCUUAACGAUAAGAACAAAGCUUCUGACGACCAAUAUCUCCGGGAUCUUGAACAAUGUACAUUCCUUGUUGAGCUGCAGCUUAGUCGACCUUUCCCUUCCCGCGGAAGUGACUUAUCAACUUGGGAGGUGAUUGGAGCGUUGCCUUACCUGGACAGAGAGCUCUCGCCUGCCAAGUACCGCUCCUUUUUCAUCCCGUAUCUGUGGCAGCGUAAGAAUAUCUUUGGCAUGUACAAGCUGCUUAGAAGAGUACCAAAAUGAAACCUUGGUUCUGACAGAAUUACAGAAUUAGAUUCUGAGCUAGCAUGACUUUUUCUAACCCCCCCUCGUCUCUUCAGAAGGAAAACCCCCGUUUUUGAUGAUAUAGUUUAAACUGUUCUGAUAGGUGGGACUUCCACAAAGUGUGUACUGAUAAACAUGUGACUAGCAUGUAUUUUAGAGAUUUUGAUGGACCCAAAGUAAAUUCAUAUUACUAAUAUUUUGAUAUUCUUGGAAUAGAUGACCUAAUUACUAUUGCA